UCAAUUUUGACACCUUCCAUCAGAGCCGGUACUCAAGAUGUCUGCCAGUAAAUUUGCUGGUCUAGAAGGGGUCGAUCUUGAUUCUCCUGAUGUCUAUGAAACACACUCACCAUCGCCAAAGAGUAAAUCAAGAGGUUUAACAAACGAAAGAAGGUAUGGAUCGAGCGAUAGUGAUAGUGCAUCUGAUGAAGGUGAAUAUGGAGAUCAUGAAGGCAAUCGUAGAAAUCGAAAGAUUGGUCAAUCCGACAAAGCAGGAAAUGAAAUACAACAAAAUAAAGGAGAUAUAAUUAAAACUCAUUUGAACGCAGAAGAGGCUGCAAAGAGAUUUCGUGAUGCUACUGGUGUAGAAUCAAAAGGUGUUGACUUUUCAUCUUCAAUACAGCGACGUAAAAAGAAAGCAGAUUAUUAUCCUCGUACUGCUGCUACGUUUGAAACAACUACAUACUCUCUGGGAAGUGGCUCUGGAUACAAAGCACAACAAGAGACCGAACGAGGUGAGACUCCUUGGCGUCAAGUAGGCGAGAAAGAAUCUUCUCUUGACCGAUUUCGACGUCUUCGAUUUGAACUAGAAGAGCUAGAAAAGGAAGUCCAAGGUGAAAAGCCAGAACAAUCACAAUCAAAGGGCGAAGGUGACAAAGAUUCUCAUGAGGAUCUUCUGCCUCAGCUCAAAGCGUUGCGUCAGCAAUUAGCUGGACUUAAUGAAAGUGGUGCAAUCGGUCAAAGUGAUCAGCAGAGCGAUGCGAUCAAAAUACAGGCAGAGGCUAGAAGACUACUUCAACAAUUGAGCAUAGCAUCAAAGGCAAAAGACGAUGCAGGACAGAGAGGAUCAGAUGGCACACGAGAACAGACGAAAGACGAUGAAGCACCCACCAGCGAGAUGGUGAAAUUGUCGGACCUAGAUCAUCGUCUAGCAGGUUUAGAAUCGUUGAUUGGUAUUCAAGAUGCAUUGCAAAGCGAAGCGCAAGCCCUUCCUCGGCCACUUCUACCUUCUUUGGCUCGGAUUGAGCACCUUUUGACUUUGUUGACUCAGCCUCGACAUUUGGACGGAAUCAGCAGACGAAUCAAAGUCUUGGUAUCCGAAUUGGAACGGGUACAUGAGGCAAGAAGAAAAUUGAUGAUUUCCGGAGAGGAAGGAGAUGUGACCCGCGGAGAAGGCACGGAGAAUGGCAAGGGCGAUGGACCUUCAUCGAUCAAUCUAGCACCUGAGACAUUGAAAAAGUUGGACACCGUUCUUCCCAUCUUGUCAAGGGUGGAUUCCAUGUUACCAAUCGUACCAACACUGCUUUCACGAUUACAAUCACUCUCAUCAUUGCAUGCAAGUAGUGCAAAUUUCGCACAUGACGUCGAAGCAUUACAAGGGAUCCUCAAAUCGUCCAAUAUGCAAUCUCAAGAAAUAAAGCAAAUGCUCGGCAACCUACAAUCAAGCUUAGUGGAGAAUGAGCAAAGAACAAAGGAUAACCUGGUCAUCGUAGAGGAGCGUAUAGAAUCAAUCACAAAAAGAAUGGAAGCUUUCCGAUGAGA